CACCAGUAACUCUGCCAAACUUGGCAAGAAAUGGAUGGAAUAUCAAGGAAUCAACAACUGGGAGGGCUUGCUUGACCCGCUUGAUGAUAAUCUGCGAAGUGAGAUUUUACGUUACGGUCAAUUUGUUGAAGCGGCCUAUCGCUCCUUUGACUUCGACCCUUCUUCUCCUACUUAUGCCACCUCUAAAUUCUCCAGAAACUCACUCUUGGCUAAGACCGGAAUAGGCGAGACCGGCUAUCGCAUGACCAAAAAUCUUCGUGCCACAUGCGGGAUACAAUUUCCUCAUUGGGUUGACAGAGCUCCCAGCUGGGCGUCAACCCAAUCCAGCUGGAUUGGAUACGUGGCCGUUUGCCAAGACAAGGAAGUGAUCACUAGACUCGGCCGCCGCGACGUGGUUAUUGCUUACAGGGGAACCGCUACAUGCUUAGAAUGGGUUGAGAAUUUACGAGUGAAGCUAAGUUGUUUAUCGGAUGGUAUUGAGGAAAGUAAAGCUCCCAUGGUAGAGAGCGGAUUUUUGAGCCUCUACACAUCAUGCAGAGGGACGGGUCCCAGUUUACAAAAUAUGGUGAGGGGGGAGGUAGAGAGAGUCCUGGAAAUGUACGGUGAUGAGCCGCUGAGUUUCACCAUCACGGGUCACAGUUUGGGUGCGGCACUAGCUACAUUAACAGCUUACGAUAUAAAGUGUAGUUGUGGAAAUGCAGCAAUGGUGACAGUAAUUUCGUUCGGUGGGCCACGUGUAGGAAACAGAAGCUUCAGAUUCCAGCUAGAAAAUAGAGGGACAAAGAUACUACGAAUAGUGAACUCAGAUGAUCUCAUUACAAAAGUACCAGGAUUUGUGAUUGACAACAAUGAUGUGUCGGAAAGCCAGGCUGUCCGGGUGGCAGGAGUGCCAAGCUGGCUGCAGAAGAGCGUGGAAAGCACAGAAUGGGUGUAUGCUGAUGUUGGACGAGAGUUGCGGCUGAGCAGCAAGAGUCUAAGUAAAAGAGAUGUUGCGACGUGUCACGAGCUGAGCACAUAUCUAGAGUUGGUUAACGGAUUUGUGAGCUCCACGUGUCCAUUCAAAACGACUGCAAAGAAAAUGCUAAAUAAACAUGAGAGAGAAAAGUUGGGAUUAAUGAGAUGAUGAAUUGAAAGUAAUUAGAAGGCAAAAGUGUAGAUAUUUAACAUAGACAUGAUA